AAUUUGAUCUUUUUCUCUCUCUCUCUCUUUUAAUAUAACCAACGAAUAAAUCAAUCCUUUCAAAUAUAAACCUGUCAAUUCAUACGACGAUACGUUUAAAAUGUUAUUUUUGACAAAAUGAGGUUAGAUCUGAUAUUUCUCAUUCUUAUCGGAUUUUGCUGGAAUUUGAUUGAAUUGGUAGUUUCAACAAAUGACAGUAUGGUACCAGAAAUGGAGUAUAAACCGUUAGGACCGUUGGUAAAGUGCAAAUUUCUUCCAAUUGAAUUUCUCGAAUGUGAACAACCAACUGAUCUAAAAGGAAAUAAAACUGCAAAAGAAGAAUCAGGUCCAGGUUGUGUCAAGUUUGGAGGAUCCCGCUAUGAAGAUGUGGAAAAAACUGUAGUAUCUUGUACUGUAUUUCCAGACAUAGAAUGUCAUGGUAAUAGAACCUUUCCACGCAAGGGUGUUCCUUGCAUAAAAUACAGUGAACAUUUUUUUGUAACUACGUUACUUUAUAGCAUAUUGUUAGGUGUAUUAGGCAUGGAUCGAUUUUGUCUUGGACAAACAGGAACUGCAGUGGGUAAAUUGUUAACAGUUGGUGGUGUUGGAGUAUGGUGGAUUGUUGAUGUUAUUCUAUUAGUAACUAAUUCUUUGCAACCUGAAGAUGGUAGUAAUUGGAAUCCUUAUGUAUAGUGAACAUAUUGCAUAUAUAUUUACAUAAAUAUUGUUAAAAAUUUUAUAUCACUAAAUACAUUGUUUAAGGAUAUAUAA